AAAUCAUAGCCUACUUCAAUCUCCAUUGUCACUAUGACUCACAUUUCCAGCUCAAAGCAUUUCUGUGUUGAUAUAUGUAUCAGUGUGGGAUCAAAAGUAUUGCAUUAGGCUGUUGUGCUCGGAUUUAAUCAGGUUAAUUGGUGGGAAUUGUAGAGAAAAUAAGGAAAACAAGAAGUGAGAUAAUUUCUUAGUUAGUGUAGUCGUGAAAAUGCCAGUUCGACUUGAGGCUACAAAACAAUAUUAUGCAACUAGCACUCUCGUGUUGGGCUAUGCUUUAUGUUCUAGCUUGCUUGCGGUGAUCAACAAGUUUGCAAUUACCCACUUUAAUUACCCGGGGCUUCUCACUGCACUGCAGUACUUCACCUCGGCUCUGGGUGUUUGGGUUUUGGGGAAGCUAGGGCUGUUGCACCAUGAUGCGUUCACAUGGGAAACCGCUAAGAAAUUCUUGCCUGCUGCCUUUGUGUUUUUCUUGGCAAUAUUCACAAACACGAAUCUUUUAAGCCAUGCCAAUGUGGACACAUUUAUAGUGUUUAGAUCAUGUACGCCCCUUUUGGUUGCCUUAGCUGAUACAGCAUUUAGGAAGCAACCGUGGCCUUCAAAGUUAACAUUUCUAUCGUUGGUCAUUAUUCUGGGAGGUGCUAUUGGAUAUGUUGCUACAGAUUCGGGUUUCACAUUGACUGCUUAUUCAUGGGCAUUUGCCUAUUUGGUGACCAUUACUACUGAGAUGGUUUACAUUAAGCAUAUAGUCACCAACCUUGGACUAAAUACUUGGGGGUUUGUGUUGUACAACAAUUUGCUCGCGUUGAUGAUGGCUCCCCUGUUUUGGAUUAUUACUGGGGAGUUUGGACAUGUACUUGUUUCCGUGGGAUCUAGCACAGGGAGUUUAUUCAACCCGGUUGCAUUUUUCGCGGUGUCCAUCUCCUGUGUGUUCGGUUUGCUCAUUAGUUUCUUUGGAUUUGCAGCGAGGAAGGCGAUAUCCGCCACUGCCUUUACUGUGACAGGUGUAGUGAAUAAGUUUUUGACAGUGGCUAUUAAUGUGUUGAUCUGGGAUAAGCAUGCCACUCCCAUUGGGCUGCUAUGCUUGCUGUUUACCAUUGUUGGUGGUGUUCUUUAUCAGCAAUCAGUUACCGGGGUUAGCAGUGCCCCGCCACAGCAGGAAAGUAAGAGCCAUGGCGACGAUUAUGCAGAUGGCGAUGAAGAAAAGGGCAUUUCUGGUGAGGAAGAGGAAGAACGUGAAAAACUUGUCAGCAUGAACAACGGGAUUCAAACAACAACGCCUCAGUCUCAGCAUUAAGGAUUUGUCUGUCCCAAACAAUGCAUGCAUGUUUUCUUGGGCUCCUAAGUCCUAUCCCUUCUUCAUUGGUCCCAUUUCCCCACCGCUCUAUACUCUCUGCAACUUCCCACUCUUAUAAUUAACCAAAUAAAACAAUACACACACAUAUAUAUUUACUGAUACAAUUUCACAUCGAUGUCACAAAAAAUAGAGAUUUUUCUUAAAUUUCGGCUUGUAUAAUAAAAAAUUACAUUUUAUUUAAGUACGAUCAACUCUAUUACAUAA